AUGGAUCUGCUCGACUUUGUCAACCUGAAAGUCUUUGGCAACAGCGCAUUCCGAGAGCAGCAGCGCCGAGUCAUUGAGACCGUCCUGAAGGACCGAGAUGCUUUUGUGCUGAUGCCGACCGGUGGAGGAAAGAGCCUGUGCUACCAGCUUCCUGCAGUCAUCUCACGAGGGCUCACUGUAGUCAUCUCGCCUCUGCUGUCUCUCAUGCAAGACCAGGUGAGGGCCCUGGUGACCACAGCCAGUGGAGGGGUCCCGGCUACAUACCUCAACUCACAGCAGACUGAGAGGGAGAAGAGGGCUGUCUUCAGUGAGCUGCAGAAAGAGCAGCCAACAGUGAAGCUGCUGUACAUCACCCCAGAGCAGUUGGUAGCCAGUGCAGCACUCGCCUCAACUUUGGAGUCCCUGCAGAGGAGAGGCCUUCUGGCUCGCUUUGUGGUGGACGAGGCUCACUGCGUCUCCCAAUGGGGCCACGACUUCAGACCAGACUACAAGAAGAUUGGCGAGGUCAAGGCAUCGAAGUUCUCCAGGAUCCCGAUUCUGGCUCUGACUGCCACUGCAACGGACAAAGUGAAGACAGAUGUCCUGAGCAUCCUGGGCAUGUCCAGCUGUCCUGUCUUCACGGUGAGCUUUUUCAGGAGCAAUUUGGUUCUGUCUGUGGUGAAGAAGCCCACUGGCAGGACCCCAGAAGGGAAGCCAGCCGAGCUGGAAGCACUUGUGAACUACAUCAAAGCACAAGGGAAGAAUGCCAGCGGGAUUAUAUAUGUCAUUUCCAGGGACAAUACAGCCACAGUUGCAGCAUACCUGAAGGAGGAGGGGGAGAUCUCUGCGCACAGCUACCACGCUGGCAUGACGCCCAAGCAGCGGGUGAAGGUGCAGAACGACUGGCGAAGUGGGGAGCUGCAGGUCGUGGUUGCCACCAUUGCCUUUGGAAUGGGCAUCGACAAGCCAGACGUGCGCUUCGUGGUCCACUACAGCCUGUCAAAGUCCAUUGAGGGCUACUACCAGGAGGCGGGCAGGGCGGGGCGGGACGGCAAGCACUCAGAGUGCGUGCUGCUGUACGCGGCGGGCGACAUCCCCCGGCUCGUGCGGCUGCUGCGCGGCGGCCGCGGCCGCUCCAAGGCCAAAUUCACCAAGGGCAUGGAGCUUCUGAACAAGGCACGCUGGCAUCCUGCUCUAUUUGAUAUUGUGGCGUGCCGGCACAGCCUGCUGCUAGACUACUUUGGCGAGCGCUUUGCCGCCGGCCGCUGCGGCCAGGCCUGCGACAACUGCCUCGCCAGGCACAUGCACAGCCCUCGCCAGGACACCGUGUGGCAGGUGCAUCUCCCUGUACAUCUGCUGCAGGCUUGCGUUGACGUGUCCUUUUCAUGA